ACACCAACCAAACAACAAUCCAAUUAGCUCAGAGGGAACAGCUCCAAAUGAAUCUGGCGACGGGCGCCAUGGGCUCCCUGCUCCCCAAGCUGCUCGAGCUCCUCAAGGAGGAGUACAAGCUGAAGAAGAAGGUCAGGGAAGGCGUCGAGUCUCUCGAGAAAGAGAUGAAGAGCAUGUACACUGCCCUCCGCAAGGUGGGCGAGGUGCCACGGGACCAACUCGACGAGCAGGAUGUUGUUGACAAGUUUCUGGUGCGUGUCGAUGACGGCUCUGAGCCUGCCGCUAACUCGAACAAGAUUAAACGGCUCACCAAGAAGAUGGCCGGCUUGUUCAUCAAGGGGAAGACUCACCAUGAGAUCGCGAACGCGAUCAAGGACAUCAAUAAGCAAGUCCAAGAGGUUGCUAGCAGGCGUGUGCGGUACAAUGUCGACAAUCUUGUCGCUAUGCCUGCAGCGGUGGCUCCCAUCGAUCCUCGCCUUCGGGCUCUGUACACCGAAGUGACAGAGCUUGUUGGCAUUGCUGGGAAAAGGGAUCAAGAGCUAAUGAAGUUGCUUUCAGAAGGAGACAAUGAGUCCAAGAAAAAAUUGAAGACUGUCUCUGUUGUCGGAUUUGGAGGAUUAGGCAAGACCACUCUUGUCAAAACGGUUUAUGACAAGAUUAAAGGAGAAUUUGAUUGCCGAGCUUUUGUUUCUGUUGGUCGAAAUGCUAGUGCAAAAAAGAUUUUGAUGGAUAUCCUUCUUGCUCUUGACAUGUACGAAAGCCAUUUCACCAUAUUGGGCGAAACGCAACUCAUCGACAAACUCCGGGAACGUCUCGAGAACAAGAGGUACCUCAUUGUAAUUGAUGAUAUAUGGGAUGAGAAAUUGUGGACAAUUAUCAACUGGGCCUUCUCUAAAAACAACAAUUUUGGCAGUCGACUAAUCACGACAACUCGUAUAGUCAACGUAUCUAAAUUCUGCUGCUCAUCUACUAAUGAUUCAGUCUAUCAAAUGGAACCUCUUAGUGAUGAUGAUUCCAAAAGGUUGUUCUAUAAAAGGAUAUUUUCUCAAGAGAGUGGGUGUCCUCGUGAAUUAGAAGAAGUGUCCACAUGCAUAUUGAAGAAAUGUGGUGGAGUGCCAUUAGCCAUAAUUACUAUAGCUAGUCUUUUGGCUAGUGAUCAGCAUCCAAAACCAGAGGAUGAGUGGCAUGUUUUGCUAGAGUCUAUUGGCCGUGGACUUACCAAAGACCACGGUGUAGAGGAGAUGAUGAGGAUACUAUCAAUUAGCUAUUAUGACUUGCCUUCUUAUCUGAGAACAUGUUUAUUAUAUCUAAGCAUGUUUCCAGAAGAUCGCGAGAUUAUGAAAGAUCAAUUGAUAUGGAUGUGGAUUGCCGAAAGUUUUGUCCAAUGUGAAAAAGCAAAAACUAGUCUCUUUGAGAUCGGGGAGACUUACUUCAAUGAGUUGGUGAACAGAAGCUUGAUCCAGCCGGUAUACAAUUAUCGCGGCUUUGUAUAUGCUUGUCGUGUGCACGAUAGUGUGCUUGAUCUAAUUUGUUCAUUAUCAAGAGAAGAGAAUUUUGUUACCAUAUUGAAUGGUACCGAUGAUGGCAUUUCUUCUCAGAGAAAUGUGCGCAAGUUGUCCCUCCAAAAUACAAUCAAAGAACAUCAAACAAUGCCUCUUAUUUCUAAGAGUAUAUUACAAGUGAGGUCCAUUGCCACAUUUAAAUCUGCUAUUGGUCUAUUGCCGCCUUUGUCGAGCUUCGUUGUUUUACGUGUACUGGAUUUGACUGGAUGCAAUGUUGGUGAUCAUAGCCAUCUAAACCUUCAAGACUUGGGGACUUUAUUUCACUUGAGGUACCUAGGUCUAGCCGAUAUAGGAAUUUCUGAGGUCCCAGAAGUUGGAAAGUUGCAGUUUUUACAGGUGCUGGAUUUGAGUGGAAAUUAUGAUAUAAGAGAACUUCCGUCGAGUGUUACCAGACUGAGAAGAUUGAUGUGCCUACUAACUGAGCCUCUCUGGAAUCUUCCAGAUGGACUGGGAAAGCUGACAUCAAUGGAAGUGCUGGGUGAAAUCUGUGGUGACUCUUUAUGCACUGUGAAAGCAUUGGGCAACAUGAAAGCAUUAAGGAAGCUCCAAAUUAAAUUUAAUGAUCUGAGCAUGGAGCUAGAGGAAGCUUUUGUGGAGUCACUAGAAGAACUUUCCAACAUCCAAAACAGACAUGGCAUAUUCUCCAUGCUGCCAGCGUGGAUAAGGAGGAAUCCCGCCCAUCUGUCGCAACUACACGAGUUGCACAUAUGGGUGGAGGAAGUGCGGCAGAAGGAUCUUGGGUUCCUUGGCAAGUUAUCGGCUCUUCAUAGUCUCACAUUGCGGACCACCCGCCAAAGGCAGCUAUUCUUCGGUGCUGAUGGGUUUCGUUGUCUGACAACAAUCGUGUUGGUUUGCCGAUCGCCGGGCCGAAUCGUGUUCCGGCCGGGAGCUUUGCCCAGGGCUGAAACUGUCAAGUUUGAAAUCAGUUUGCGGGUCGCAAAAGAGGAAGCAGCUAGCAGCGGUGGCGAUUGGUUGGAUCUGGGCAUGGAAUACCUGGUGUCCCUUCGGAAGGUUCAUGUCCGGUUCUACACCUCCGGGGUGAUGGUCGGCGAGGUCAAGCAAGCCCGGGCUUCGCUGGAGAACACACUCCAUGCCCAUCCUAACCGCCCCGUCUUUGGCGUCUUCUUCAUCCCGGACAUAGUACACGGCACAAGUGAUGAUGACACCUUCGUAUAGGAGAGUCCGAGUGGAGAACCUUCAGGUUACAAUCUUUUCCGAUAAUGAAGGCCAAGUGGUCAACCUUCAGGUUACAUGCAGUUUGUUUUUCAGUUGAAAGGAAAACCAUUUCAAUUUUCAAUACUCCAGAGUCCAGACUAUGUAUUAAUGUAUACUACGGACAUGCAUAGGCUA